CUUAUUGUUUCUCAGUACGAGGAAAGAUUUCGCGAAUUAUUCAACAUGAGUGUCCGGUACCAGUUGGGAAUAGGAAUACUGCUAGGCCUUCUUCUGGUGACGUACGUUCAAAGUAACCGGAUCGUAAGUGCAGCCGCAUUACUGCAGGAGUUUGGAACGUACAACGCAAACGACCGAAUAUGUUUCUACAAACAGUUUCUGAAAUCUAGUUCCAGUCCCGUAUUAGUAUCAUUCAGUAAUCCAACCCUGAAAGCAAUCAACUACAUCCGAGUAGAACAAGUACAACAGAACAUCGGUGGAAUAGCGGCUGAAAUUAUCCGGGGUGCCAUCGGAACGUCCACGGUUACGGUCCAGAUUUCCACCAUCAACGGUAAAAGCCAUUUUGUCAGUGACGUUCGAAUUCAGAUGAUGUGUACAGCUUAAUCAACAUCCGAAAAUUCGAAGUGAUUAGUUUCCGUUAUUUCACGAAAAAUCGCGUGGUGUACAAUUACCGAUAGUCAGAAUGGGGUUCAAUGACGAAAUAGUUUUCUGUCUUGGCCUGUUCGUGUUUUAAGUUAUACAGGUUGGAAUCCUGUGGUUCCGGUGACGAAAUGACUGAACGUUGUGCUGAGCAUGAACGUAGUUUUUUAUAAAAAAGAUGGUUGUUUGAUUGUUGACUGAUCAUAAGUUGUUGAUUGUUGAUUCAAUAAAGUUUCCUGAAAUUUA